AUGCCGUCAUAUGCAGUUAGCAAACCCCAACUGGAACACUUUCGUACAAUUAUUAUGAGAAACGAAUUGAAAAAAUUAGGCGAGGAUGAUGCGGAAGAAGCAGCUCUCAAAACGAUUGCAAAUAAGAAGCAUCAAGAAGAUCUGGAAGCGGAAGAGCAUCGUCAGCGAUAUAUUCAAGAAUGCGCCGAAUUGGAAAAGGCAAAUACAGCUCGUUUGAAGUCAUCAGAAAUGUCAGACGAAGAUGAAUUGACAUUGGCAGAGUUGAAGUUUAAACGUGAAACAUCCCAAAAACCGAUGGAAAAGGUACUUAGUUAUGACACCUACAUGAACAAAGACAAUCGAAUGGUUUUAAUAGUACCAGACGCAGUAACUACUAUUACAACAGAAGACCGAAACGGAUUACAAACUACUACUUUUUUUCAAGUCAGCCGUUAUCAUCAAAUUAGGAAAUUUCAUACGACUCAUCAGGCACCAAAUUAUCAAGACCAUGAUUUUCCUAGUAGGAGGAAGAUAACACCAGCUGUUUAUAUGGAGAUUCGACAUAAUUUGCGUUCACAGAGUCAUGAUCGACAUAAACGCGCCAAACCGUUCUACAAAAAAAGUCAUUCACAGCCUUGUUCUGAAUCACUUUUGCCAGAUAGUCGAAAUAUAAUUAUAAAAAAUGAUUCAGCAGCGAAUAUUUAUAAUUUUGGUUUAUUAUGGGAAGAUAUGAAUUUUGACGUAAUAAUUAUAAAUCACUAUUCCGCCAGAGCUAGUCGUUUUAAUCCUGUUGAACGUGCAAUGGCUACUCUUUCUAAAAAAUUAACAGGAGUAGUUUUAAAAUCAGAGUUAACCACUAAUUUAUCACAAAAAUCGAAUCAGGAUGCUGCCAAUGUUGAAUUAAUACGAUACUGGAAUGGGCAUAGUUACAACACACCGUUUAAAAUAUAUUGCAAGCCAGUCCUAUCUGUUGAUACAUUUAUGUUCAACGGUCAUCAGGAGCGACUUAUAUUGUUGAAAAACACACGUACAACAUCAAUAGAAUCUCAUGUUUCAUGUCGUUUACAAUUUUUUAUGAGACAUUGUGUUCGAACAAAAUAUUUAUUGCUUUUUAUGAAACGCAAAGAUGAGUAUUGUAUGCGUUGUGCAGAUAGGCCAGUUACGGCUAAAAAAACUGUCUCUUUACUACAUCUCGCAGGCAGUCGUUUUCCAGUUCCAAAACUUAGUUUGAUGAAUAAUACCAUUAUGAAACUUUCCUUCAGCGGUGUCAUUCACUAA